AUGUUGACGGUCGACGAGAAGCAGUGGAUUAACGUGCAGCAGAAGACCUUCACCAAAUGGCUGAAUGAUAAGCUGAAGGCCCGGAACCUGGCAAUCGAGGACUUGGUGACGGAUCUCUCCGAUGGAGUGAUCCUGAUCCAUCUCCUCGAGAUCCUCGGCAAUGAGUCCCUCGGUCGAUAUGCCUCGAAGCCGAAGCUGCGCGUCCAGCGAUUUGAAAAUGUCAAUAAGAGUCUCGAUUUUAUCAAGGGCAGGAAGAUCCAGAUGACCAACAUUGGUGCCGAAGACAUCGUCGAUGGUAACCAGAAGAUCAUUCUGGGUCUUAUCUGGACCCUCAUUUUGCGAUUCACCAUCAGCGAUAUCAACGAGGAGGGAAUGACCGCGAAAGAGGGUCUGCUAUUAUGGUGUCAGCGAAAAACCGCAUGCUAUGAGGAUGUGGAAGUGCGCGACUUCUCUACUAGCUGGAAUGACGGAUUGGCCUUUUGCGCUCUACUGGAUAUUCACCGACCGGAUCUGAUCGACUACGAUUCCCUCGAUAAGACCGACCACCGUGGGAACAUGAAGCUGGCUUUUGACAUUGCUUCCAACGAGAUCGGUAUCCCCGACCUUCUGGACGUGGACGAUGUGUGCGACGUGCCUCGACCCGACGAGCGCUCGCUUAUGACAUACAUUGCGUACUGGUUCCAUGCCUUUUCCCAGCUGGAGAGAGUCGAGAACGCCGGGCGCCGUGUGGAGAAGUUCGUGAACAACAUGCAUGGGGCUUGGGAUAUGCAGUCGGGCUAUGAGCGCCGGAUGAAGGCGCUGCUCGAGGCAAUUCGUGCCCAGCGCGAUCAUUGGCAGAACUCCUCGUUCGAGGGAACGUACAAGGACGUCAAGGAACAGGCACAUCAAUUCUCCAUGUACAAGCGGAACCAAAAGCGCGAAUGGGUUGCCGAAAAGUCGGAUCUAGCCGCUCUGCUUGGUAAUAUCAAGACGAAGCUAGGCACGUAUCGACUGCGCGCCUAUGAACCACCUGCGGAGCUGAGCCUGGAGACGUGUGACUUGGAGUGGGAGCUUCUGACCCGAGACGAGCACCAACGCAGCCAGCUGAUCAACGAGACAAUUCGCGAUAUCAAGAAUUCCCUGCGCCGAUCAUUCGCUGACAAGGCCAACGAUUUCGCUCUGACAUUGAAGACACUGUCCUUGGCCAUUUCCGGUUUGGAUGGUGAUGUUGAAGAUCAACUGGACCAUGUGAAGAAGCUCAAUGACAAUCUUCCGCCGCUGGACGCCUUCCUCGAUACCAUCGCUGAACUCGACGAGCAAUGCGCCGAGGCCAACAUCGAGGAAAAUGAUUUCACCACUUACACCCUGGACGAACUGUCCUAUGAGCUCAGUCUCGUCAAGUCCAGCAUCUCCAAGAAGCUGGCAUUCCUCGAUAACCAGAUGGUGGCUCGAAAUAUGACCAACCUCACCCCCAUCCAACUGGAGGAAUUCGAGUCCGUUUUCCGCCACUUCGACCGAGAUUCCUCGAAUACUCUCCAAGAACUUGAAUUCUCGGCGGCACUGGCCAGUCUGGGCCUAGUCUAUGAUGAGGAGGAGAUGCACCACACGUACCUGGAGACCUGUGGCCCCAAUCGCCUGGCCCAGAAUGCGGGUGUGAGUUUCGAGCAGUUUAUUCGCUUCAUGGUCAGUGUCACGGAGGACCAGAACACCGCCGAGCAAGUCUUCCAGAGUUUCAAGGAAGUCGCCGACGGCAAGCCCUAUGUCACCGAGCUCGAUCUCCGACACUCUCUCAUCCCCGACGAAGUUAUCGAACAUCUGGUCAAGACCAUGCCCGCGCACGAGGGACCCGACAUGCUCGAGGAUCGCGAUCUGGCCAAAUUCGACUACAUCAGCUUCAUGGAGAAGAUGAUCGAGGAGAACAAAAAGAAUGGGAUGGAUUGA